AUGGAGGUCGAAACGCCUACGAGACCGGUGCCCUCUCGACCGAACGAUCUCACCGAAGACGAAGGAAGUGCCCAAGAAGAGCCUGGUACCCGGUCUGCAGCACCCAGCGCACCCCGUUCAUCCUCACGUCGGGCAGCACAAGUUGGCUCGGUCUACUCCGGGAAUAAAAUAACUCAUUUGAAAAAGGAUGACGGCAUUCCUCUGUGGCGGAAGGACAUUCAGUAUGAUUUCCUGCGGACGGUUUUUGAGGAUGAGACGGCGGCUUUUACAAACAUCUAUGACGGCAGCUCUGGCAAUACCUUUGCGGACAUUUACAUUGAUGCCAUGGCCCGAAGCAGCAAGACGAGUAAAAUUCUAAAAGACAAGCUGUUAAAUGACCGAGCGGCUGCUAUCAACAUGGCAAUGGUGUGCCUACUGGUGAAUUUGGGCAGAAUGAACACUACGCUGAAUUUCUUCCCCGAAAUGCGCGCCCAGCUUCGCACCUAUCAUUCAAUACCAUCAUUGCAAGCACAGCAGGACCCCAAUGCUUACAAGCAGCUGCAGGACGCGCCACGUCUGAAGUCAAUUUUGAAAGGUGCAUCCGAAGAUAAUGAAGAACCCGGCACGUUGGAAGCUAUCAGAGCUCAUCCGAUACCUCGCACAAAUCCUGUCAAUCUUAUUUUUGUGCUCUCUCAAUAUGCGCCAAAGAUUUCCGAAUUGCACUUUUUCCCUCCUCGGGAAUUUUACGAUCUUGUCAUGAGAAAUACACUCAGCAGUCGCAGCCGUGCAAGAGCUUUUCUGUGGCUCAUGUGGUGGUAUCUUGAAAGUGACUUUACAAAGGAGUCUGCGGAAAGCAGUCCGUUUGGAGCUGGCCUCGAAGGCGAGGGCUCAAAUGGCAUGCCCAUCAAGGUCCCUGCAUUUGAGCACCUUACAGAAGAACAGGCCAAUCUCGAAAAUGUUGACACGGAGGAGGAGAUUACAUUUGGAGAGCAAAAAAGAGAAGAACGAAAACGGAUCAUUGAAAAUGACAAUGCAGCUGUUGCGUCUGUUACAAAGAGAAGUAAAAAGGGCCACUCAAUAAUUCCGUCUGACGACGGCGCAAGCCCAGGACGUGAUGGCUCUUUUCGAGGCAGUACCCGUUCUCGGCCUUCAGCUCGAUACUCCCAUAUGGAAACAUACCAUUCAGAUUCGGACCGCACUCGUUCCGCGUCUCCGCCAGACUCUUCCCGUCAUCCUGCUCAGACGCUGCGCAUUACUACACUUUUGAAUGAUGAAACACCUUCGGGCCCCAGUCGAUCUGGCCGCUCCCGCCGCUCAGCAGGUGGUAGAGAACCUAAAUCAGAGCGGACGCAUCAACGUAUCCUACUUCGGACCAAAGCGGACCGUGGCCUAGACUCUUCCCCUGCACCAGCUGAAGGUCGUGGCGGUACUCCUUCUACAAGCCAGCGCCGCUCUCGACCGCUCACAGCCCAUCAGUUGGCAGUCGAAACCCACCGACGCUCACGCGUCGAGUUUAUCGUCGACCGACGGAUGCGCUCCCUCUUUGACAAGAAGACCCGCGCUCGGUACCGACAAGGUUCCUUGUGGCGGGCGUGGGUCCGUUGCCGGAGCCUACCCGGCGACGUUGACAGUGACGAUGAGGCAUCCAUGUUGCUUCCUCAUCACCAUCAUCAUCACCACCAUCACCACCACCACCAUUCCUCCUCGUCUUCCCUGCACAACGCUCACGGCCUGGCUGGCCUGCUGCAGACCCCUACAGAGGCGGACGAUUUUGGCGAAGAAGCCGGCUCGUACGCGUCGGCAUUGAGAAAAGCGAGCCGGCGCCUACACAGAUGGGAGAAUGGAAUCCCUGCCAUACCACCUCGAAGCCGUGAAGAAAAGAGGGCCAUUGCGGAGGAAGCUGAAGAGGCCGCUGCAGCAGCCGCAGCCGCAGCUGAGGCUACAGGUGGAAAGUCGUCCCGCUCAGUCGGUGGCGGCGGCGGCGGCAGCGUGAAUGGCAGCGCCCUUGCGCCUCCCUCCAAGACACGAAUCCGCCUCACCACACCCAGUACUCUGAGCCGCAAGCGCAAAUCUACAGCUAGCGAUGGCAAAGUUACCAAGAGCGCCAGAACCACUGCAUCAACGGCAUCAGCAUCACGACGCGCGAGGCCCUCUUCGUCAAGAGCUCGUGGAGGCAAAAGCGCGGCCAAAGCACGCGGCAGUCCUGCAGCCGCCAGCGUCGGCGUCGGCGAGGACGAUAGUAUUAUUGUCGAUGCAGCAUCCAGCCCAGGCGGCGGCGGCGGCGCUGACGGACCCGAAGUCGGUGAAGAACUGGACGAUAUUGAUCGUGAACUGUUGGGCGAAGGAGAUGGCGAAGACGAGGAGGAAGAAGGGGAAGAAGGGCAAGAAGGGGAAGAAGGGGAAGAAGGGGAAGAAGGGGAAGAAGGGGAUGCCGACGAGGCCGAGGAUGGAGCGGAGCCUGAAGCAGAAGCGGAGGCAGAACACGAAGAAGGUGACGCCGAAGUCGAAGCUGAAGGAGAAGGAGAAGUAGAUGCCGACGAUGUCGAAGCUGCAGAUGACGGCGAUGAUGUCGACGGUGACGAGGAGGACGAUGAGGAGGAGGACGACGAUGACGACGAAAACGAUGAAGAGGACGAUGACAAUGGCCCCGGUGCGCCCGAAGACGAAACUAUCGACGACGCAAGUAUUGCGGAAGGCGAAGGCGAGGGUGAAGGCGACCAUGACCAUGACCAUGACCAUGACCUAGACCCUGACGUUGACGCCUCGCCUGCUGCCAAACAUGCCGACGAGAUGGACGUUUCUGCUGGGUAA